CAGCAUUGGCGUCAUUUCCCUCUUUUUCUUUCCCUUUUCCAAACGCCCCAAAUCUCCAUUUCAAAGGCACACCAAGCUUUACCUCCUCCCACUUCCAUCUCUAUUUUCCUUCACUUUCUCGGGAAAAUCUUCAUCCCUUUUCUCCGCCGAUUUCAAUUCUUCUUUCCUAGCUCCUUUCCAAACAAUACCUCUCCGUUUUGCUUCACAUACUCGUAACACAACCUUCAUUUACCGUGUUCCGUCAGUCUGAAUUUCGUUUCCCGGCCAUGGAUUUCUUGGAUUUUGACAACGUCAAGGCUGAGAAAGUCGAAGCUAUCCGCAGAUUCAACCAGAGGCAAACCUUGAAAAAGCUGGUUGUCCUCUUGUGCGAGGUUCUCCUGGCUUUUUUCUUGCUUUCCUGGUUGUCCAAGAGUAUCCCUCAGGCUCUCAAGAACGCUGGAGGCCUUGUUCGAGGAUUCGUCCUCAUUCUGAACCGGUCUCUGUUCUGUUUUAUGCUCGUGAACCUCCUUAUACUCGUCAUUUUCGUUUUAUCCUGCCGAAAGACUAAUAACUCAUCGAACAUCUACGACGAGUACGCCGGAUCAUACCGGAGCGCCACUGGAAAUGCGACGGAGGAGCUGGUGGAGGAGCCGGUGGUGGAUAAACAUAUUAUAAUUGCGGACAAUGCGGUUCUGAAAAAGCGAGCCGUGGUGGAGACAGUAACGGAUGAGCCAUCAGAGCGUGCGGUUUUUCCAGUGCAGCAGGACGCUCUGAGUACAGUUGGUGCAGUGACAGUUACUGAGAAAAAGCGUGCAGUUGGGGCAGUGAUGGGGGCGAAGAAGAAGGGAGGCUACCAGAGGAGCAGAUCAGAGAUGUCUACCAAUUUCGGGAACAAAACUCGGCCAGAACUACGGAGAUCAGAGACAACGAUCUACGGGGAAAUGGUGGUCGCGAGUACAGAAUCGCCGAGGAAAUCGAUGGAUCACUUGAGCAGCGAAGAGUUCAGGUUCGAAGUUGAGAGUUUCAUCGCGAAGCAGAAGAAGACUCAGAUUCGAGAUAACAGAGCAUCAUCCCGUGGGUAUCUUGAAGUCUAAGCAAAAUUCAAAACCCAGAUAGAAAGUUUUUAGUGAAUGAAUUUAGCACUACUAGUAAGAGAAAAAGAGU